AUGUGCAGUGCGGACGGUUUGGUGGUCACUCUACCGGAUGGAACGAAACUGCCAUGUUUGGGGCAAGCCACCUCAGGUCAGUACCUCCUACAGCCCGUACACGAACAGUACGCUGACAUCUACUGGGGCCUGUUACAGCCAGACACGGUUGAGCGACGAGGUAUCCUCUCGGCAUACAUGCUGUGGAAACCCUGGAUCGCCCUCCUGGAGCCCUAUAUCUCCCCUCCUGAUCCCCCUCACGUCACCCUCUUUUACGACAGGCUGCAGACAGAUUGGUAUCAGGACCAAUUCCAGGAACAACUGGAUGGUCAUGAAUGGACGAUUGAAUCACAAAAUAUUUAUGUGGCACCCCAGGGCGUGGCGGCAGCGGUCAAAUUGACUCCUGAACAGGCUGCAUGGUACAGGAUGGGGGAUGAAGCGUCCCCACAUGUCUCAUUAGCUCUACACCCCGCACAUCAGGCCAAAGAACUAGGGGGGACAGCAACUGAGCCUGACUAUACACUACCAUUCCAUUUAGAUGUCACUGGAACAGAACAGUGCACGAAUGGCAUUCUGUUCCAGAGAAAAGGGGGUGAAAGGGUGAUACUAAUGUACGUAAGUGUAAUGCUAGAUAACAUGGAAAAACGACACCCACAGUGCACCCAACACGCGGCAGGUGUAGCGAAGCUAAUACAAAAAACUGCACACAUAGUCAUGGGACAUCAACUACACAUAUUGACAACACACAGCGUGGUAGCAUACGUCAAUUCACAAGCAUUCACCCUCACCACACUACGACAAAGAAGAUUAAGCAAAAUCUUAGAAGCACCAAAAGUUUCCUUCACACAUGAAGGGAUCAACAUGGCAGAACAAAUGGGCGUAGGGGAACCACAUGAGUGUGCAGACAGAAUAUACCAGGAAGAGAGAGUGCGUCCAGACCUACAGGCAGAACCAAUAGAGGAAGCUAGAAACCUGUACACGGAUGGCUGCUGCUUCAGACAUGAGCAGGAAGGCCUUACAGCAGCCUAUGCAGUGGUUGAAGACAAGCAGGGAGAAAUGGUGAUCCUAAAGGCAAAAAAACUGGAAGGACAGCAGUCAGCACAGCAGGCGGAAGUGAAAGCAGUAGUGGAAGCCCUCAAACUUGGACAGGGACAGAAAAUUAACAUUUUCACAGAUUCAGCCUAUGCAGCUGGAGCAGUUCAUGUGGAAUUAGGACAGUGGAUGAGGACCGGAUUUCUAACAGCCACUAACAAACCUAUUAAACACGAAACAGAGAUGAAGGAACUAGCUGAAGCACUCCUGCUCCCAGAAAAGGUAGCGGUAGUUAAAUGCAAAGGGCAUGACAAAGGUGACACACCCAGGGUCAGAGGAAACAAUGCAGCUGACCAAGCAGCUAAACAGGCAGCUGGGUAUGAAGGGAGAGUCCUUAUGAUAUGUGCAGAGGCAGAGUCUACGCCCGAUAUGACAAAAGUAAUCCUUUUGCAAGCUGAAGCGUCUCCACAGGAAAAAACGUUGUGGAGGGCCAGAGGAGCCACAGAGACGGAUGGUCUCUGGAGGGGGCCAGAUGGGCGUCCCAUCAUCCCUCCAGGUUUGCGACAAACAGCAAUAGAGGAGGCGCAUGGAGUAGGCCAUGUAGGAGUGGCACAAAUGAUGAGGAACUUGGGAAAUUGGUGGCAUCCAUUCCUCAAAAGAAUGAUAAAACACGCAGUGCAAACGUGUGAAGUGUGCAUGCAAUACAACACCAGACCCACCAUCAAACCACAUCCUGGGAAAUAUCCUCUAGAGGCUAAAGUAGGAAAGGAGAUCAUUAUAGAUUAUACAGACAUGAUCACUUCGGUAAGGGGGUAUAGGUAUGUUUUGAUGUGUGUAGAUGCAUAAACGGGGUGGCCAGAAGCCUGGCACACCAAGAAAGAAGACAGUCAGUCAGUGGUCAAGUUUCUGAUUAAUCAGUAUAUUCCCAGACAUGGUUUUCCUGAAAAGAUCAGGUCAGAUAAUGGUACUCAUUUCAAAAACCAGGAUCUACAACGGGUGGAAACAAUGCUGGGUGUGAGACAUGCAUUUGGGACUGUGUAUCACCCACAGUCACAAGGAAAAGUAGAGAGGAUGAACCAAACGCUAAAAAACAAAUUGGCUAAAAUCUGUGCACAGACCAAAAUGAAUUGGCUGGACGCAUUACCCCUGGCACUAAUGUCAAUCAGAAGUUCAAUAAACCAAGGUACCGGAUAUACUCCGCAUGAGCUCCACACCGGGAGAGUAUUCCCUGGUCCCCAGGCCGCUUUUUCAGGCGCGUUACAUGAUGAUCAGCGAUUAACCCAUAAAGCUUAUUUCCAUGAACUACAGGGUCUCGUUGCAGCUUUCGCGAAGCAGGUAACCAACGGGAAAGAAGGGAAGGCCACCCAAACGUCCCCAGAUGUGGCUUGGGUUCUGCUGAGGGUCUUCAAGCGAAAGUGGGCGGAGCCAAGGUGGACAGGUCCUCAUCAGGUGGUCGAGAGAACCUCCCACGCGGUGAGGCUAAAGGGCAAAGGUGACACCUGGUUCCACUGGAAUCAGUGCGCAGCAGUAGAGGAACCACAGAGGUCGGUGGCGGAAGUCCAUCGGUCUCUACAAGCCGAGAGCACUGGGCUGGCUAGCUCAGAACCUAAGAUCACCACUAACGGGGCAGAAUAAUCCCCUGGUGACAAAAUAGGUAACAGGGUAGUCCACCCCUGUUACCGAAGCAAGAAGACGUCGAAAGGGGGAAAGGGAAACAGCGCUCCCUUCCUGCAUGUAGCAAAACCGCGCUACCCACGCAAGAAUUAAAAGCUAGAAAAAUUGAUUCAAUGUCGCCGGCUCAGCUUAGCAUUUGUAUUUUCUGUUGGAUAAUUGUACUCAUGGUGUUUGGCUGGGG